UCUGAACGACGAAUCGAACGUUAGUCGAGCGCCAUCCACCUCUUCGACAGUGUGCGUCGCGCGUGGUCUCUCGUACACGCAAAUGCGGCACUUGACAAGUCGUAUUUAAAAGAUCUCAGCACGUCGGACCUUCCGAGUGAAUUGUAGUCUGUGUUACCUUUGUUGAAAGGCAAUUCGGGCAAUUACUUCGCUGAAACAAAAGGAAAAAAAUCGAAUAUCUUGUUAAAUCUCAGUGUCUUUAUUUACUUUAUCUACUUCUAAAACUAGCGUGCAGAGACAUAUUUGAAGAAUGUCUUGCCCAAUGAGCAGCAUUGCAGAGGACAAGCGCAAUCGGGACGAUCAGACACGGCGGGACGAAUUGAAGCAAGGACCGGGGUUGCACUAUGGCGAGUAUCUAUGUUUAGAUAAGAUCUUGUCCGCGCAAAGGCUUCUCAGCGCCGAAUGCGGCAAUGAGGUUCACGACGAGCAUCUCUUUAUCGUCACCCAUCAAGCGUACGAGCUUUGGUUCAAGCAAAUUAUUUUCGAGCUCGAUUCCGUCAGGGCGCUCUUCAGCUCCGAGUCCGACAAUUUCAACGUGCCCAACGGAUCUUCUAACGAUCAUUCGGCCGCCAACCAGAGCAAUGGAAUUUCUAAAGUCUUGAAUGAGUCGAAGACCUUGGAGAUCCUCAAACGAUUGAAUCGCAUUGUCCUUAUUCUGAAGCUAUUGGUGGAGCAAGUGACGAUUCUGGAAACGAUGACACCGUUGGAUUUCAUGGCGUUUAGGGACUUAUUGUGCCCGGCCUCGGGUUUCCAGUCGCUGCAAUUCCGUCUGCUGGAGAACAAACUGGGCGUGAAACAGGAACACAGGGUCAAAUACGGUUUCCUAAAGAUCUUUGGGAACAAUCCUGAAGCUACCGAGGCGAUCAAGCGGUCCGAGGAGGAACCCAGUCUCAGCAUUCUGGUCCAGAGUUGGUUGAGCAGAACGCCAGGGCUCGAGGCGCACGACUUUGAUUUCUGGGGGAAGUAUAAGCGAUCGGUGCAGAAGAUGUUGGCCGAGCAGAAACAAGCCAUACAUAAACUAUCGAAGGAUAGCAUCAAAGACUAUCACUUAGCUAAUUUGAAGUCGCGAGAAUCAGUUUUUGAGAGUAUCUUCGAAGAGUCGCAACACAACUCUCUCGUGUCGCACGGGGAACGCAGAUUUUCGCACAGCGCCCUUCAAGGAGCAAUAAUGAUCACUCUGUAUCGGGAUGAGCCACGAUUCAGUCAGCCGCAUCAGAUCCUCACGGCGCUAAUGGACAUUGACUCUCUAAUCACAAAAUGGAGGUAUAAUCACGUUAUCAUGGUACAAAGGAUGAUUGGAUCUCAACAAUUGGGCACUGGUGGGUCUUCCGGUUAUCAGUAUUUGAAGUCCACAUUAAGCGAUAGGUACAAGGUCUUUCUGGAUCUGUUCAACCUGUCGACCUUCUUGAUACCACGGCACAUGAUCCCGCCGUUGACAAAGCAAAUGAAAACGAAAUUAUCAAUUGCUUCGUACGAUUGGACCACGAACGAGGAUCAAGAUGAAUCGACGGACUCUUUAGGAAGGUCGUAAACUAUAGCCGUUACCCAUGACAACAGCGAAGACACUUCACGAGACUCCAAUAAGUUUUGUUUCUCUAACGUCACACGUAGCCAGUAUAUCGUGCACUCAUGCGCUGAUACAAUAAUUAUCCAGGUAAACUGUUUUGCGUUUAAAAAAACGUUUAGCCGAAACAUUUUUACGGUAUAUAAGAAAUAUAAAAUAUACAUUAUUAACGUUGAUUAUACGUUUAUUAAAUUGUCGAAAUGUCUCGUACAAUAACGGCAUUUUAAACUAUUAAAAGAAAACGUUAAAUAGAUCAUAAAUGUCUUAUAAUAUAUAAAUCAAAUUUUAAAUAUUUAUUUUUUGGUUUGUGCAUUUAUUACACGAUUUUUAACGUUUAUUAAAUGUAUUUUAAACGUAACUCUUUUACUUGGGUAAUACAGUUAAACGAAAGCUUGAAAACAGAUGCUUUCUCUUAAAAAAGCUUUAGCACUGAAAUUAGACAUUUCUUCUAAAAAAAAAUAAACUUAGUACACAUGAUUCUCAGAAUUAGUUCAGAAUUUACUAGAAUCUCCGAAUUAAUUCACGAUAGCGUUAGAAUUGAAAACUGAAAUCUCGAAGAAUUACUUACAAAAAAAAUUAUUAAUUAGAAAUUAGACUAGGCAGCGAAUGAUCCAAGGAAAAGUCAAUGUCUCGAGCAUUCACCUUGUCGAUCGUUAUAUGAAGAAAAAUGAUAUUUACAAUUGUUAAAAGUUCAUAUGUAUAACUGUGUUAAAGAUUAAAUACUACUGUGUAAAUAAUAAAUACUACCAGCUAUCUCA